ACACUUUCCCCUCCGGGAUGAAGCUGCUUGUCCCCGCGCACAGAGCCAACUGGAAGCAGCGCACACGCUCUUUUUCCGCGGCUGCCCCAAUGGCUUUUUAUGGCAGGGAUUUAUGCAGAUUGCUGUCUUUCUUGAUAUGGAUCACAUCUGCAGUUUCGACACCAAGAACACGGAUUUAUCCACCCAAUGAAGUGACUCUGUUGGAUACCAGGACAGUGCCAGGAGAGCUGAAGUGGGAAGCGAGUCCUUUAGAUGGAGGGUGGGAGGAGGUGAGCAUCAUGGACGAGAAGAACAUCCCGAUCAGAACCUACCAGGUGUGCAACGUCCUGGAGCCCAGCCAGAACAACUGGCUGAGGACGGACUGGAUCCCCCGCUCCGGGGCCCAGCGGGUCUACGUGGAGGUCAAGUUCACCCUCAGGGACUGCAACAGCCUGCCCGGGGUCACCGGCACCUGCAAGGAGACCUUCAAUCUGUACUACCACGAGUCGAACGACGACAGAGAGGGCUACAUCAAAGAGAGCAGCUUCAUCAAGGUGGACACUGUCGCCGCGGACGAGAGCUUCACUCAGGUGGACGUUGGCGAUCGCAUCAUGAAGCUGAACACUGAGGUGCGCGACGUCAAGGUCACGACCCGGAAGGGCUUCUACCUGGCCUUCCAGGACGUGGGCGCCUGCAUCGCCCUGGUGUCCGUCAGGGUCUUCUACAAGACCUGCCCGCUCACCGUCCGCAACCUGGCCACCUUCCCGGACACCGUCACCGGGGCCGACACCUCCUCGUUAGUGGAGGUCAGGGGGUCUUGCGUCAACCAAUCAGAGGAGAAGGAGGAGCCAAAGAUGUACUGUGGUGCUGAUGGAGAGUGGCUGGUUCCUAUUGGUGGAUGUGUGUGUAGCCCGGGAUACGAGGAACGGGGAGGCGGCUGCCAGGGUAAGGCUGAGAUAUUUUUGUAAAGAUUACAUUUCUUUUUGCUUGUUGUUUUAGAUUAUGAAUUUAGACCACCAGAAAAUAUUUAUUGUAUUAUUCAGAUAGGUGUUGAAACGGAGAAGAGCAUUUGGAUUAUAUUGAAUGUGACUCGAACAUGUAAGGUUACUUAUCUGUCGGUAAAGGUCUGUUUUCACAUAGGGGAUGAUGGAGGAGAGAUCCAGUCAGUUAUUCAGUGUGUCUUUAUGCGUGAUGGAAUGCAUAUAUUCAAACAUGGAUAAACAAUCACCGUGUUGUCACUCUCCAUGCAUAUCAUCAGAA